AAAUCUUUUGGGUUACAGCUCAAAAGGAUGGAGCAACCUUAAACUAUCUGUUUUCCCUUUCGUAACCUUAUAAGAGGUUAAAAUGGCGCUUGUUAGAGAGAAGUUUUAAAAGAGAGGGCACUUAGGAAAGUAGAAGGGCACACGAAGACGUUGGGGUAAGGAUCCGAUAAAAGAAGGUUUCCUAGACCUGAACUGCAAGAAGGCGCAAAACGGUGGAAAAUAUUAUUUCCCCAGAGUCGGCACGGUAAGCGGGACUUCUGAGCCAGCCGGUGAACACCAAAGCUAACUUGGACAUUUCAACAUUUCUUUGCAGAAAAUAAAAGCUGUAGCGAGAUUAAGUUGCGCGAUCCCAACGCUCCAAACGGAUCAUACGUGAUCGAUCCUGAUGGAGAAGGUGGCGUGAUAGCUUUCACUGUUGACUGUGACAUGACUGACAAGAACAACGUUGGCGUGACGGUCAUCAGUCACGACAGCGAAAACACAACACUGGUGCAAGGAUGUGAGCCGAAAGGCUGUUACAAGCGUGACAUUCACUACACUGGAACAAAUCUCCUUCAGCUGGGAAAACUAACGGCCAUAUCUGCCCACUGUGAGCAGUUUAUCAAGUACGAAUGUCAUCACUCAAUGCUCCUGCGGAACGGUAACAUGUUUGGCUGGUGGGUGUCACGUGAUGGGGACAAGAUGACUUACUGGGGAGGAGCGAACUCCAUUCAUUUAUACAAGUGCGCAUGUGGGGUAACUGGCACUUGUGCAAAUUCUGGAUAUGGAUGCAACUGUGACGAGAAUGACAAUGUGUGGCGCGAGGACAGCGGUUUGUUGACAAACAAAUCUCACCUUCCCGUCAUGCAGCUGAGGUUUGGAGAUGUAACCCCUUCUACCGAGCUAGGGUAUUACACCCUGGGAAAACUGAGGUGCUAUGGAAUACCCACCAAAUAAACACAUGCUUGACCUGUAAAUGUAUCAAGCAUUCUAAUGAUAACGACCUUAACGUAGCUAAACGUUAAUCCGGCUCUAGAUAAAUCACUUCAUAGAACAUAUAGCUAACAGAUUAUUCUGUUACGAAUUAAGAAAGCUACAAUACAUAACCAUUGCAUUGAUCAAAGGGUCCUAAAGUAGUUUGACUCUUAUCUAAGUGAUCUUCAACAGAAAUGGCUACUAAAUGUUGAGCUAUCUGUUGCGCGUGGUGCUAUCUAGGGUCUGACGAAUAAAAACGAAUCAAUGCUUAAAAUACCUAGAAUGGUCACAUCAGAGACUUGCUAGUAUUAAAUAUAUUCCCAAAGAUAAACACACAAAAUAAAGUUAAAGCCUCCGAGAAAGGCUUCAAUAAAUAAAUGACAUGAUUAUUCA